UCAGUGCCUCAGAGGUCUACCUAAAUCAGCGUACCGUAACGCAUUUCAGAAAUGGAUUCAGAGCUUGAAAAUAUGUAUUUCAAACCGCGGAGAAUACUUUGAAGGGAUGUAAUGUUCAUUUCACUAUUUGAGUCGAAUGCUUUUGAGAUAUCGUACAAUACACAUUACAUAUCGAACAGCCCUCGUACUUUCCCAAUAUUUCAUACAAGACGCCCCUGAACUUGGUACACCGGUAUACAUUUACAACAUUUAUGUAUUUGUAAUGUGUAUAUUUUCAUGUAUUUUUCCUUAUUUCUAUGUACUGUAUUUAAGUUUUGUGUUUAAAGUGGUAUAUGGGGCCGAUGGGCCGGGUGUUUGAUUUAGAUAAAUAAAUUACCUUUAAGAUAUCUUGUUCAACAAUAUAAAGUUUAUUUAAAAGAAAAAACACAGAAACAAAAACAAUCAUUCAUCAUCAACUUCGUUGCUGCUGAUUACGAAAUAAAUAUACAUUGAUGUUCAUACCCUCACGUAUUUUUAAAAAUGAAAUUUAGUUUUCAUAUUUGCAUUUUACUUUCAUUUUCAGAUGUUAAAAUAGCCUAGCAUUUCAAUUAGUAAAAAUAUCGAAGGGAAAAAAACAUUGAAAAUGUAAAUAUUUAAGAAAUGAAUUUCAUUUUUGAAAAUACAUGAGAUUCUUUACGCAAUCACACUUAAUGAAGCGCGCUACUUAGCAUUCUAUGAAACGCAUGCUGGCACGAAGCAUUGUAUUUUCAACCCCCCAAAAAAUUACAUUCACAUUUAUUUUCAUUUCUGUUGGAAUAUUUCCGGUCACAAGUUGAUAUUAGCUAUCCUGUAUGAUUAAGAUCAACACGCACAUUGUUCACAUUUAUGAGAAAAAAAUAUUUAUCAUUUUGAUUUGAAAAGAUAUUAAAAUGUAAAAAAAACAAAAAACAAAAACAAAAAAACAAAAACAAAAAAAACAUUGGAAAUGUAAUUAUAUAUAGAAUAAUGAAUUCAAAACCUCCCUCUUGCAUUACUGCAUGUUAUGUAGGUUUCAUCAUUAUCUAGGCUGAGGUGUUGUUUUAUGCAUAUAGAAAUUUGAAUUGCGAACUGCGUUCUAGAAUGCAGUUCACUAUUGAAUUGCGAAUAGUGAACUGCGAACUGCGUUCCAAAAUAUACUAGUAAUUGCCUUCAGGAGAGGCAUGUCAUGUGAUGAUUUUCUUUUGAUUACAUUCGUGAGUAAUUUGUAUAUGUAAUACAAUGUAGAAGUAUUAUUAUUUUUUGACUUUGUUUCCUUGAUUUUACAACAAUUUUCUAUAGCCCGUGCAUCAUUUCCAUUCGCAGGCCCUUUAGUAUGUUUAUAUUUCCUAAUUUUCCUUUUUUUCUUUUUUAAUUACAGAGUUGAAAGUGACUUGCGCGUCACAGUUUAUAUCGAAAAUCACACACCAUGAAACAACGACGGCUUAUUACUGACAAAAAAAAAAAAAUGACAAAUGUAAAAUAUUGAUUAAUUUACCAUUUCCGCGGUGUUGUAUCUGAUUAUCAUCAAUGAAUGUACCGGUAGAUUUCUUUAUGAGUCAGCAGGUAUACAUUGCAAGUUUCAUUGGACUUAUUCCCAGGCGUGCAUUACUGAUGGGUUUGUCAAAUUGCAUGGUGUAAACAUUUUUCGUGCAAUAUUAUGGGGGAAGAUUUCGCUUCGAAUAAUGCGGUACAUGCAUCUUUAAUGGCGUGCGUGAUGCCUAAAAUCGACUAAGAUCAUGAAUGAAUAUGCGUGAUAGAACACACGAUUGCGUAAUCUAGCAGGUAUGUGAAAACGGGGGCAUAUAUAUAGCCUACGAAACACACUAAAUACACGACUAGGGUUUAAUUUUUUUACUUAAAAAUGAACUUGCUUUAAAGAAUUAUUUCCUAAAUAAGAAUUUAAAAGGUAUAUUUCUAUUCAUUCAAAAACAAAAAGCACAACCAAAACACACCGUGUACGCCAUACAAUAUAUACGUCAAAUUAGCAAACGUGUGAAGAAAACACCCAAACACAUUCAUCCAUCGCCGUAAACAGUCUAAGAAAAAUCGAUAUUUCUCCUCUCGUGCCACUCGACGUGACCAAUUCCAUAUACCCAUUGAUUAUUGGUCCAGGACUAACGACAGAAACUACAAGCUUCACUGCGCAUGACUCAAUUACGGAGACUGAACACUCUCGAAGACUAUUGAUGUUUCCAUAGCAAUGAUGUCAUUGCGCGCAUUAUAAUAAUAUAGAUGGUAUUCGGCUGGGAUGGCCAAUCGAUAUUUUGUGAACCUAUAGACGGGAAUUUCAAGGAAUUAUCCGUUUCUGAGACAGUUUAAUGUGAAAUUCCUCCUGGAAGUAAAGAUGGCAGACGGAUGGAAGUGAUCAAAGGGGUGAAUAUUCACCGGCUAGUUUGCAGUGUGUGAAUAAUUUUCCUCUGGUUUACCUAACACAGUAUCCUUGUUCGUUUACUGUGGUGGAAGUCGACAAUAUGGGGACCGUGAUGUCGUUCACACCGCGGCCGAGGAAACCCUUAUAUGAGGAUCUUCACUUGCAGAAUUAUGGAUACGAAAUUUUGAACAAUGCUAAAAAUGCCCAUUCGUCUCAGUCACGAGAGAAAAUGUAUAAGAAGCAUACGGUGUUUCUCAGUGGACUUAGUUGGAAGAAGUUUACGGUGAAUGGGGGUAAGAAAAAAGACAAGAACUUUCUCUUGCGUUCAAAUGCUUCCAUUGUUCCAGGUAAAUUAGACAACAAUUCCAAUAUUGACAAUGUAAACAGAAACAUACCCAAAUCAUUAUCAUUAUACAACAUCAAAUCAGGGGCAGACGAGAAUGUUCCUCCCUCCAAAACGACAGAUAAAUCGGACAAAAUCUGCACAAGUCCCGCGAAACGCACCAUCAUCCAAGCCUCCACUUCGGAACUCCUCAAGUGUCUGGGAGAGUAUCUUUGUAAAAAGUGCAGAAAGAUUAAGACUUUUGAGGGUUGCGACCUGAUCAUGUGGUUGCGCACGGUGGAUCGCUCCCUGUUGCUACAAGGCUGGCAAGAUAUUGGGUUCAUCAAUCCUGCAAAUGUGGUUUUUGUGUUCAUGUUGGUGCGUGAUAACGCUCACGCUGACAUAGUCACGGAACACGACCUGCAGGCGAUGGUGCUGACGUGUUUGUAUCUGUCGUAUAGCUACAUGGGCAACGAGAUCAGUUAUCCUCUAAAACCUUUCUUAGUGGAACACGACAAGGAGAAGUUUUGGGACCGAUGUCUUUCCAUUGUAAAUAAGCAAAGUGGCAACAUGCUUAGAAUAAACAGUGACCCGGGUUAUUUCACGGAAAUAUUUGCUGAACUGAAGUCAUAUUCACCCUGUAUAUGAGAAUGCGCAGUGUGUAUUCUAGAAUGAAAAAUCUUCCUAUGAUGGUGAGAUUUCAGUUUUCCGAGAUGGUGCGAUGAUGUUUAGGAUCUUAGUUUAGUUCCAUGAGCUUGUGAUAGACAAACAGCAUCGUUUUGUACAGAGUAGAUGUGAAUUAAUGCCUGUGCUUGAAACGGAAAGAAAUGAUCAGUUGAUGUUUAAUAUAAGCUCAUUACUAUUUAUUUAUUAUGCUGUUUAACUUCAGUAUUCGCUUUGGCAAUCUUAUGUGAAGUCCUAUACAGAAGAUGACAGUCUGUUAACAUUUUGAUAUAGAUACAUACAUGUUUUUAUGCUCGUGUUUACCUAUGUUUUUAUUUAACCGUCAUUCAUCAAUACGUUCACACUCAAUAUCAGGAAAAACUUCGACAAGUGCCAUUUUUGAAAGAAUGUAAUGCGAGUAUUUCAUGUAAAUUACCAAAAAAUAACAAAGUGUAAUAGUCUCAUUCUAGUUGGUUAGUAAGGUUUUUGCUAUUUGUGUGUUGUUUACAAUAUCAUGAUGAAUUUUCGAUGACAAAUUGCGAUGAUCGAUCGGGUAGCACUGAGUUGAACGAUCAGAAGCUGUAAAAUCUUUCAAAUGCAGACAUUUAGAUUCUUGUGAAAAUACACAGCUUCCUGAUUGCGCUGGAAAAUUAUCCCAAAGCAAAAUCAAUACCUAAAACCACUGUAGUGAUCGGCGAAGCUUGGAGAACGGAAUCUCCGUGUAUCAGAAUGCGGAAAUCGAUACUGCCAUUCUCUUGUUAGGGAUUCCAUUUAGCUUUUUUCUUAAUCCGUCAGAAAAUUGCCUUUUCUCCUCGCGAAUCAGAGAGCCUUAAAUGUACAUGAGGUCUUAUCCUACUUUUCGGAAUUUUUUAUUGAAUGCAUACAAUAAGACCCACAUGUCAGACACACACUGAACCACCAAAUUUGGAUAUUGAUAAUUCAGUAGAAUACUCAGAAAAUCAGUUUGAUUUAGAAUUAAUUCUUUCUGAAAAGUAUUUAUGAAAAUAUAUAUAGUUGAUCUCUUAAAGGCCAAAUAUUUACAUUCUAUUGUCAUUUUCUUGAAUUCUGGAAGCAAUCGCAAAACCUUUGCUAUAUUAUGAUGUUACGCAAUAUGACAGACUGCCAAAUUUCAUUGAUAUACAUGUAGAUCGAUGGCUGUGGCCUUUAAAUUUACCGACAUUUACAAGGUCGCUUUAAGGUAGUACUCUACAUCGUCAUAAUGGCUGACUUCCUUUAAAAACAUGGAUGAAAAAAUCUAUAUCAGCAAUAUUUGACUUUUCCUUUUCCAUUUAAAUACCUAGCCGAGUAGCGCAGUAGGUUAGGAUAAAUAAAAGAGAAAAAAAAAAUAAAAGGAUACCGACUGCUGAACUGUAGGUCGCAGGUUCGAGUCCAGUAGGGGUUUUAAUUUUUUUUCAGAUUACCUUCUACUAAAACUGUAUUUUUUGACAAAAUAAAGUAAAUUUGAAAAUUUUCAACUUCAAAAUAUUGUUGUACAUAUCCUCCACUUUUCAUCUACAUCAAAUUUCUCUGGUGUAGCAUACCUCCUUAAAAUCAUUACUUGUAAACAGAAUGUAAGUAGAAGAUCGGAAUGAUUAUCGAAUGUCACGUGAUGACUAGACUAAUAGUGUCUGUGCACCUCGCGGCGUUCAUUGCAGCGCGAUUUCCACGUUUAAUUAAAUCGCGGAAGCUUAACAAGAGCAACAAAAAAAAAAUUAGAUUUAUUCUUGGACCAAUUUUUUUGUCAGAUUGAGGACAUUUAGUCCUUAAAUUGAGAGUAUCCCCAAAACUUGCAUCCACUCAUAUGGUUUUACUUGCAUCUCAUUAUUCUAAUCGUAUACUUGUAUGUGUGUGUGCGUACGUGUGUGCUGUGACUGAUCUACCGAGAUUUUCAGAUUUUCUAUUUAACUUGUUUUAAAUAUCAAUUCAGUGUUUACUGUUACUAUACUGACCUAACUAAUUAAUAUUUGAUAAAAUUCAUAAUCAUGAUUCUUGUUCUGAAAUGGAUUCAACAGUUAGUUUGAGGUUUAUUUUUACCCCAUUUAGCAUUAUGAAAAGGAACAUAUAUAUAUAUCAACGGUUGUUAAGGGACUAAAUAUUCUUCCUAGCACUUGGUAAAAUUAUCAUUCAAUGUCAAUUCGCGAAAAUGUAUUAAAAUUUUAAUAUCUUACUUUGAAUGACAUACUUCUAUACAAAUCAGUAAUAAAUUGAAGAAGCGAAACUUCAUUUUGAUUUGCGAGGGAGACCUCUUUGAUUUAACACAAAUAUCAUUUACUCGCGAGUGAUAAAGGAUUAAAUCAUUUCCACAGAUUCAAUUACCGGAAUUCAAGUUUUAUAUCACAAUUCAUUAUUUAAUUUUUUUUUAAUGUCACGUAUUGUAAAUUUUCGUUUUAUAUAUUCAUGUAUUUGACAAUUCAGUCAAUUGAAAACAGUAUAGGCACGUGCUUGAAGGAACAUAUUUAAUAUUUAUUUGAUGAAUUAUUAUUAUCAUCUGUGAUUUGUUGUUAUGUAAUGAAAUUUUGCAAUAAAUGAUAAAAAAUGAUAAA